GAAGUGGGAGGAGUGAGAGGUAGGGAAGGGGGCUGCCAAAGAUGACUUUCAGGCUCCGGAAACCUACAUCUUUCAGCCUCCGCUGUUUUUGACUUGCAAAUUGUCAGGAAGCAGUGGACUGCAGGCAGCCCAGUGUUGUUGCCUGGAAGUCAAUUUUCAUCUCUCAGACACUAGUUAGCAUGGGCUGUGCGUUCUGGAAGGGGGUGGAAGUAGACAGGAGGAGAUGCUGUGAGCAGAGUUCUUGAAGCUCUACUCCUCUGGGGAAGCCGAGCUGUGAGGAAGCCUUCUGACUGUGCGGAGCGUGUGAAUUGGAAGGGAUCCUGAGAGCUGGCAAGUCCCAGUUCCUCUCCGGAAAAGCAGUUGCUCUAGCUCCAGAGAUGUGCCCAGCCUUCGCCUGCAUCACGCUGCAUGCUUUAAUACCAUACUGAAACUACAAACCCAUAUCUGCAGCGGUUUCUUGGUGACAGAUUGCAUAUUUUGAAAAUUUGAGGUAUUUUAUAAUGAAACAUACCAUGUGGAAACUUUGAAGCAUAAAUUCUGCCACACAUCUGAGUAAAGAAUUCCUCACCUGGUAUGUAAGAGAACUCCACACCACCACUAUGACAAACCAGGAAAAAUGGGCCCACCUCAGCCCCUCAGAAUUUUCCCAGCUUCAGAAAUACGCUGAGUAUUCUACAAAGAAAUUAAAAGAUGUUCUUGAAGAAUUCCAUGGUAAUGGUGUGCUUGCAAAGUAUAAUCCUGAAGGGAAACAAGACAUUCUUAACCAAACAAUAGAUUUUGAAGGUUUCAAGCUAUUUAUGAAGACAUUCCUAGAAGCCGAGCUUCCCGAUGACUUCACAACACACCUAUUCAUGUCCUUUAGCAACAAGUUUCCUCAUUCUAGUCCAAUGGUAAAAAGCAAGCCUGCUCUCCUCUCCGGUGGUCUGAGAAUGAAUAAAGGGGCCAUCACCCCUCCACGUACUUCUCCAGCAAAUUCGUGUUCCCCCGAAGUGAUCCAUCUGAAGGACAUUGUCUGCUACCUGUCUCUCCUUGAAAGAGGAAGACCUGAGGAUAAACUGGAGUUUAUGUUUCGCCUCUAUGACACGGAUGGAAAUGGCUUCCUGGACAGUUCGGAACUAGAAAAUAUCAUCAGUCAGAUGAUGCAUGUGGCAGAGUACCUUGAAUGGGAUGUCACUGAACUUAAUCCAAUCCUCCAUGAAAUGAUGGAAGAAAUUGACUAUGAUCAUGAUGGAACUGUCUCUCUGGAGGAAUGGAUUCAAGGAGGAAUGACAACAAUUCCACUUCUUGUGCUCCUAGGCUUAGAAAACAAUGUGAAGGAUGACGGACAGCAUGUGUGGCGACUCAAGCACUUUAACAAACCUGCCUACUGCAAUCUUUGCCUGAACAUGCUGAUUGGUGUGGGCAAGCAGGGCCUCUGCUGCUCCUUUUGCAAGUACACAGUUCAUGAGCGCUGUGUGUCCAGAGCACCUCCUUCUUGCAUUAAGACUUACGUGAAGUCCAAGAAGAACACUGACGUGAUGCAUCAUUACUGGGUUGAAGGCAACUGCCCAACGAAGUGUGAUAAGUGCCACAAAACCGUUAAAUGUUACCAGGGCCUGACAGGACUGCAUUGUGUUUGGUGUCAGAUCACACUGCAUAAUAAAUGUGCUUCUCAUCUAAAACCUGAGUGUGACUGCGGACCUUUGAAGGACCAUAUUUUACCACCCACAACAAUCUGUCCAGUGGUACUGCAGACUCUGCCCACUUUAGGAGUUUCAGUACCUGAGGAAAGACAAGCAACAGUGAAAAAGGAAAAGGGUGGUUCCCAGCAGGUAAACAAAGUGACUGACAAGAAUAAAAUGCAAAGGGCCAACUCUGUUACUGUGGAUGGACAAGGCUUACAGAUCACUCCUGUUCCUGGUACUCAUCCACUUUUAGUUUUCGUGAACCCCAAAAGUGGUGGGAAGCAAGGAGAACGAAUUUACAGAAAAUUCCAAUACCUAUUAAAUCCUCGUCAGGUUUACAGCCUUGCUGGAAAUGGACCAAUGCCAGGGUUAAACUUUUUCCGUGAUGUUCCUGAUUUCAGAGUGUUAGCCUGUGGUGGAGAUGGAACCGUGGGGUGGAUUUUGGACUGCAUAGAAAAGGCUAACAUAGUCAAACAUCCUCCAGUGGCUAUUCUGCCUCUUGGGACCGGCAAUGAUCUAGCAAGAUGCCUGCGAUGGGGAGGAGGUUAUGAAGGUGAGAAUCUGAUGAAAAUCUUAAAAGACAUUGAAAACAGCACAGAAAUCAUGUUGGACAGGUGGAAGUUUGAAGUCAUACCUAAUGACAAAGAUGAGAAGGGAGACCCAGUGCCUUACAGUAUCAUCAAUAAUUACUUUUCCAUUGGCGUGGAUGCUUCCAUUGCCCACAGAUUCCACAUCAUGAGAGAAAAACACCCAGAAAAAUUCAACAGUAGAAUGAAGAACAAAUUUUGGUAUUUUGAGUUUGGCACAUCUGAAACUUUCUCAGCCACCUGCAAGAAGCUACAUGAAUCUGUGGAAAUAGAAUGUGAUGGAGUGCAGAUUGAUUUAAUAAACAUCUCUCUGGAAGGAAUUGCUAUUUUGAAUAUACCAAGCAUGCACGGAGGGUCUAAUCUUUGGGGAGAAUCUAAAAAGAGACGAAGCCAUCGCAGAAUUGAGAAAAAAGGAUCUGAAAAAAGGACCACACUCACAGAUGCUAAAGAGUUGAAGUUUGCAAGUCAGGAUUUAUAAUAUAAACAUGCUCACAGCUGUUGCUGAAGAGCCAGCAAUGAAAUUGAAACAGUGUUCCAGCUAAGUAUGAAGAACAAGAUUAAUUAAUUGAAACUUCAAGUUAACGUCUGAACCAGACAGCAGGUAAAUUUUUACUGACAAAAAUGAAAAAUUAUAUUAAAAGGACACCUGUGAAAGUGUUUUAUAAUCUAUAAGGACUUUCAAGUAAUGUGAGCAGUUUUUAGUGAUUCCAAUAGUUUUAACUUUGAAGAUUCAAGUCCAACUAUUAUCAUUUUCCAGUAAUGAAAAAUAAUGGUGCAAGACUGCCCAGUGAGAUAUAAAAAUUCCAUAUCAUUUACAAUUACAGAUUUUCCCAAUAUUACAACAAAAAUAUACUGUAGAAAUCAAUGAAAAAUAGAAUGCCUGUGACUCUGCAACUGUCUAUCACAAUAACUCCAUUAUUCUCAUAGGUUGACUGUAUCACUAGUGUUAAUAAUUUAAGCCUCAAAAAUACGUUUGUACAUUUGAAUUCUAAUUAUGUGGCUCAGUGGGUUUUAAAAUAUUAUUGCUUGAUUUGAAAAAUAGAAAAAGGUUGACUGCUUUAACAAGUUUGAAAAACACUGAGCAAAAGUAAUUACAUUCAAGCCAUAGAGUUUCAAACAUUUGCCAGAAGCUAAGGAGGUACUGCUGGAAGUAGCUGGACUUCCUGCUUGAAACCUCAUUAACUAGGUGACUGUCUACGCCACAUAUGGUACAACUAGGAAAGUUUAUUUUAAAAACUAAUUAGUGUAUUAUAUUGUCCAUGAAAUUUUCAAUGAUUUCAUUCCCAUUUACCAGUGCUUAUUUUUUUCUUUGGACAGAAUUUCUCAAAGUGUAGCAUGCACUCUAGCGAUGGAAAAUUGAGCUAUUUUAAACAGUACAUAGAUGAGUAUUUUAAAGUAUAAUUGCUUACUGUUACAGUUGAUAAAAGAUACUUUUUUCUAAUUUGCAUUUUUAAAUAAUUUUAUUUUAAGAUAAAUUCAUUUUAAUAAAAAUAUAGUAAAAGGCCAAACUAAAAAAUAAUAGAGGAAGUAUAUAGCUAUGACAAAAAAUGUAAAAAUGGGUCAAGAAAGACUAUAAAGUAUAGAAAAACCCACUAGGCUAAUAUUAUUGAUUCCACCACUUCAUAUAAUUUGCAUAGCCCCAAUUUUGAAUACUUAGUAUAAACCUUAUUUUUAGUCUUCUUUAUCUUGCAUAAACUUUGCUAUGUCUUGGUUCCCCCAAAAUAAACUUUUCUGUGUACCUUCCACUGCAUAUGCCCUUACUACACUUUAUUUGAUGUCUGUGCACUAUACUAGGGAAGACUAAAACCCUGAUUUCUUUUAGGAGCUAAAGGGGAAGAGAGACUGUGUAUCUGGCUGUCAAAGAAUGUCUCUACUUCAAAUGACUUUAUUUUUUUUGAAAACUCUGAAGUAGAAUGGGGAAAAAAAAAAUGUCAAUUUAAACCAAACUGAUUAAAGAGAGCAAAUGAGUUGAUGUCUGUGAAAACUUGGCAAAAGCUAAAUUUCUUUUGGAGUUCCUUGUGGCUCAGUGGUUUAAGGAUCUGGUGAUGUCACUGCAGUGACACAUUGUCACUGCUGUGGCCCGGGUUUGAUCCCUGGCCUGGGAACUUCAGCAUGCUGCAAGCCCAGCCAGAAAAAAGUUGAAUUUCUUUUGCUGCUGAAGAUAAAUAAGGUUAUUGGCUUCAAGAUCUUCAUCUUUAAAAUGACUUUUGGAAGAGUUGAGAUUAAUCUAUGUGUGCUGUGCAUCAUAUUGCCUGGAUAAUUGCACAAUGAGCAUUGAAAUAGUAAGACUCUAACACUUCCUAUUUCUUGUAAAAGUUAUAGUUAUCUGAAAGUUGAUGGUAAUGGACAUUUGUGACACAUUAUUAUCAAUUUUUCUAAGCAUUUCUAUGGGUUAUUUAGGGUAAUUUAGCAGGCAGUGUUUUAAGUUGUCUAAAUAUAACUGCAACAUUCAUUUUAGAACUGUAGAUGAUGUAUUUGGCAUUCAGACACCACCAAGCAGAACAAUUUCCAAGCAUUUAAAUUCAGUGAUUAAAUCAAUUAAAUUUAGAAGCAAGAAAAAGAUUUCAUGCUGCAUUAUUAUACCUGGAUGUUAAAAUUGUUGAAAAAAGAUCAUGGCAUUUGAGAUUUUACAAAAAUAUAUGCAUGUACUAAUACCAUGAUAAUUUCAUUGGUUGAAAAUAGAUCCAAACAUUUGCUAUCUAGUAACCUUUAAGGAGAUGCCUCAAAAUGCGUUUCUAAUUGUAUGUUUUUAAACUACCUCCUUUGAAAUUUCCAGCAAUGGAUAAUACAAAUAACAGCAAGUUCUUAAUCAAACUACCUAAAUAUCAAAUUUUUGGUUUGCAUUUGAAGAUUGCAUCAUAUACCUGUAUAUCUUAAUGUGAUGGUUCUCCAUGUUUUACAGAAGGCAUGCCUUAGAGUUUAUGAAAUAGAAGUAAAAAGAAAUAAGAAAAUAUGGCAUAUCUCUUGUGUAUAAAAAUAAAAAUAUAUUUUUAUAAUAUAAGAUCAUAUAUUUGGCCUCUUAUAUUUGGUUUAGCUGUCCCAUAAAGGCCUAUGUAUUUUGAAGAAGCAUUUAUGAAAUUCUAUGUUUCAGGAACCAUAAAAACUUCGUAGACUCUCUAGCCUCCUAGAAAUUUGGAAGCCAGACAUCAUAAGUAUAAAUCAAUUAAUAUUUUAGUAAUAAUCAAAACAGAUGACACUCUUUAGAAUAUUCUUAUAUGCCUUCUGGAGCUAUAUAAAAUAGAGCUGGAUUAUUGCCCUUUACCCAUGUUCAGUAAUCAAAUUUUCAAAAUCUGACAUGCAGUAUAAUUCUAGAAACAAUCUCUGACAUGUGGUAUAGUUCCAGAACUUCCUGUAGUGAAACUGGUAAGGACACAAAAUCAUUUUAGAUAUAAUGUAGCAGGUAAAUAAUCACUUAAACAUAAAUGAGAUAUUUGAAAUUAAAGGUUUUUUCUUGAAAGCAAAUUGAAAUUAGGAAAAUGGAGAGAAUCCAAAGAACAGGUUGGUAGGAAUGACAGAAAAAGGAGCAACUUGCUUUCACCUAAUGAAUCUGGGAAAACUAGAGAAAAAAAUGAGUUUUUAUUAGUAGUUGCAAUUUUGUUUGUUUGUUUUGUUUUGUUUGUCUUUUUAGGGCUGCACCCACAGCAUAUGGAGGUUCCUAGGUGAGGGGUUGAA